GAGAAGAGUGGGGCGGGUGGAAGGAGUGAGAACGCGCGAGAGAGAAAAUUGGAGCAGUACCUUGCUUUUUUUGGACACGUUUUCUUUCUGCGACCGACUGUUGCCGGAAGACUGUUGCUUUCAUCUCUCUCUCCCGGCAAGGAACAAGUGAAGGCCGCCCAGUUCGUGCCGCCAGAAGCAGUCCGUCCGCCGCCGAAGCCAGGGAAAGAGACGACGACAGCGCGACAGGAUAGGAGGGAUAGCACUUUUUUUCACGACGACACGCACAGAUUCUUUUUUCAUCUAUUGAAAAAAGAAAACCAGUUCGUUUGAUAGCCUUUAUUUUGUUGACUUCGAAAACGACGAGCUACCGAAGUAGUGGAUUCUGAAAACUGAAACAGUUCCGAGUGAGGAUUUAGUUAUUUGCGAGUUCAGCUAGAAGAGCAGCUUUCGAGAUGCCGGCCCCAGCUAAGAGUCAAGAGGAUGAGGAUCCCACUCCCUACCUGUACGUAUCGCUCGAGCAGAAGAGAAUCGACCAGACGAAACCCUACGAUGCCAAGAAGGCAUGCUGGAUCCCUGACGAGAAAGAGGGAUAUAUUCUUGGUGAGAUCAAGGCCACCAAGGGUGACAUCGUCUCCAUCGGUCUUCCUGGUGGAGAGGUGAGGGACGUGAAGAAGGACCUGCUGCAGCAGGUGAACCCUCCCAAGUAUGAGAAAGCCGAGGACAUGUCCAACUUGACCUACCUUAACGAUGCCUCGGUCUUGCACAAUCUUAAGCAGCGUUACUACCACAAGCUCAUCUACACGUAUUCCGGUCUCUUCUGUGUUGCCAUCAAUCCUUACAAGAGAUACCCGGUAUACACGCAGCGUUGCGCCAAGUUGUACCGUGGUAAGAGGCGUAGCGAAGUGCCACCCCACAUCUUCGCCAUUUCCGACGGUGCCUACGUCAACAUGUUGACCAACAGCGAGAAUCAGUCCAUGUUGAUUACUGGAGAAUCUGGUGCCGGAAAGACUGAGAACACGAAGAAGGUAAUUGCGUACUUUGCGACCGUCGGUGCUUCGACCAAGAAGGAUCCCAACGCAUCUGACAAGAAAGGUUCCCUGGAAGAUCAAGUCGUACAGACCAAUCCCGUACUUGAAGCCUUCGGUAAUGCCAAGACCGUCCGUAACGACAACUCCUCUCGUUUCGGUAAAUUCAUCCGUAUCCACUUCGGUCCCUCCGGUAAACUGGCCGGUGCUGAUAUCGAGACCUAUUUGCUGGAAAAAGCCCGUGUCAUCUCUCAACAAGCCCUCGAGCGUUCUUACCACAUCUUCUACCAGAUGAUGUCUGGUGCGGUCAAAGGUCUCAAAGAAAAGUGCCUGCUGUCGAACAAAAUCACAGACUACUACUUCGUCUCGCAAGGCAAGACCACAAUACCUGGUCUCGACGACGGCGAGGAAAUGAUGAUUACUGAUGUUGCCUUCAACGUCUUGGGUUUCACCCAGGAAGAGAAGGACGAUGUCUACAAGAUCACCGCAUCUGUCAUGCACAUGGGAGGCAUGAAAUUCAAGCAGAGAGGUCGUGAAGAGCAGGCUGAAGCUGAUGGUACUGAGGAAGGUGAGCGUGUCGCCAAGCUUCUUGGUGUCGACUGCGCUGACAUGUACAAGAACUUGUUGAAACCAAGAAUCAAGGUCGGUAACGAGUUCGUUACUCAGGGUCGUAACAAGGACCAGGUAUCCUACUCCAUCGGUGCCAUGUCCAAGGCCGUGUUCGACAGACUGUUCAAAUGGCUGGUCAAGAAGUGUAACGAAACCCUAGAUACCAAGCAAAAACGUCAGCACUUCAUUGGUGUGCUGGAUAUUGCUGGUUUUGAGAUCUUCGACUUCAACAGCUUCGAGCAGCUCUGCAUCAAUUUCACGAACGAGAAACUUCAACAGUUCUUCAAUCAUCACAUGUUUGUCCUCGAACAAGAGGAAUACACGAAAGAAGGCAUUGAGUGGGCCUUUAUUGACUUUGGCAUGGACCUACUCGCGUGUAUCGAACUCAUAGAGAAGCCUAUGGGUAUCCUCUCAAUCCUGGAAGAAGAGUCUAUGUUCCCGAAAGCCACGGACAAGACCUUCGAGGAAAAAUUAAACAAUAACCAUCUUGGCAAGAGUCCUAACUUCUUGAAACCUAAACCACCAAAGCCUGGUCAGAUUGCUGCCCACUUCGCCAUCGGGCAUUACGCCGGUCAAGUACCCUACAACAUCACUGGCUGGCUGGAAAAGAACAAGGACCCGUUGAACGACACGGUGGUCGACCAAUUCAAAAAAUCAGCCAACAAACUGUUAGUCGAGAUCUUCGCCGAUCACCCAGGUCAAUCUGGUGGUGACGCCAAAGGAGGCGGUGGCCGUGGUAAGAAGGGAGGUGGUUUCUCCACUGUAUCAUCGGCUUAUAAGGAACAAUUGAACAACUUGAUGACUACCUUGAGAGCUACCCAGCCUCACUUUGUCCGUUGUAUCAUUCCCAACGAGAUGAAGCAGGCCGGUGUUAUUGAUUCACAUUUGGUCAUGCACCAGCUUACCUGUAACGGUGUGCUUGAAGGCAUCCGUAUCUGCCGUAAAGGUUUCCCCAACAGAAUGAACUAUCCUGACUUCAAGCUACGAUAUAAAAUCAUCGCACCAGCGGCCGUGGACGCAUGCGGAGGUGAUCCAAAGAAAAGUGCUGCUGCUAUCCUGGAUGGUGCUCAACUUGAGAGCGAUCAAUAUCGUCUUGGACACACCAAGGUAUUCUUCCGCGCUGGAGUCCUGGGUCAGAUGGAAGAGUUCCGUGACGAGCGUCUGAGCAAGAUUGUAUCCUGGAUGCAAGCUUUCAUCCGUGGUUACCUUGCCCGUAAAGACUUCAAGGCACUACAAGAGCAGCGUCUUGCCCUCCAGAUUGUACAGAGGAAUCUUCGCAGAUACCUCAAGCUGCGUACCUGGCCAUGGUGGAAGUUGUGGCAGAAGGUCAGGCCACUCCUCAACGCCACUCGCAUCGAAGACGAGCUUAUUGCAAUGGAAGAGAAGGCACGCAAGUUCGAGGAAGCUUUUAACCGCGAAGAGAAGAUGCGAAUCGAACUCGAGGAGCUUAACACCAAGCUGCUCUCCGAGAAAACCGAGCUUUUGAAGCAUCUUGAUGGUGAGAAGGGUGCCCUUUCCGAGUACCAAGAAAAGGCACUCAAGUUGGGAGCACAGAAGGCCGAUCUUGAAUCCCAGUUGUCGGACAUCACCGACAGAUUCCAGCAAGAGGAGGAAGCAAGAAACAAUCUCUUCCAGACUAAGAAGAAGCUGGACCAAGAGAUCGCCGGCCUGAAGAAGGACCUGGAAGACCUCGAGCUGACGGUGCAGAAGGCCGAGCAAGACAAGGCAACCAAGGACCACCAGAUUCGCAACCUCAACGACGAAAUCGCCCACCAGGACGAGCUCAUAAACAAGCUCAACAAGGAGAAGAAGAACCAGGGCGAGGUCAACCAGAAGACCGCCGAAGAGCUCCAGGCCGCCGAGGACAAGGUGAACCACCUGAACAAAGUCAAACUCAAACUCGAACAGACCCUCGACGAGCUCGAAGACACGCUCGAGCGCGAGAAGAAGGCUCGCGCCGACGUCGAGAAGGCCAAGAGGAAAGUCGAAGGCGACCUGAAGCUCACUCAGGAGGCGGUGGCCGACCUCGAGAGGAACAAAAAGGAACUCGAGCAGACCAUCCAGCGCAAAGACAAGGAACUCGCCUCCCUGACCGCCAAGCUCGAGGACGAACAGGCUCUCGUCGGCAAGCAGCAGAAACAAGUCAAGGAGCUGCAGGCUCGCAUCGAGGAACUCGAGGAGGAGGUCGAGGCCGAGAGGCAAGCGCGCGCCAAGGCUGAGAAGCAACGCGCCGAUCUUGCCCGCGAACUCGAGGAGCUCGGCGAACGUCUGGAGGAGGCUGGUGGCGCCACGUCCGCUCAGAUCGAACUCAACAAGAAGCGCGAGGCCGAGCUCAGCAAGCUGCGCAGGGAUCUCGAGGAAGCCAACAUCCAGCACGAGUCCGCUCUGUCCAUCCUGCGCAAGAAGCACAACGAUGCCGUCGCCGAGAUGGGUGAACAGAUUGACCAGCUCAACAAGAUCAAGGCUAGGAUCGAGAAGGAGAAGGUCCAAUACUUCAGCGAACUUAACGACUUGCGCGCCAGCGUAGACCAUCUCGGCAAUGAGAAGGCUGCCCAGGAGAAGAUCGCCAAGCAGCUGCAACACCAGCUGAACGAGGCCCAGGGCAAAAUCGAAGAGCUGACCCGCACGGUGAACGACUUCGACGCUGCCAAGAAGAAGCUGUCGAUCGAGAACAGCGACCUCUUGCGCCAGCUCGAAGAAGCCGAGUCGCAGGUGAACCAGCUGUCGAAGAUCAAGAUCUCGCUGACGACGCAGCUGGAGGACACCAAGAGGCUCGCCGACGAGGAAGGCCGCGAGCGCGCCACUCUGCUCGGCAAGUUCCGCAACCUCGAGCACGACCUGGACAACAUCCGCGAGCAGGUGGAGGAGGAAGCCGAGGGCAAGGCCGAUCUACAGAGGCAGCUGAGCAAGGCGAACGCCGAGGCGCAGCUCUGGCGCACCAAGUACGAGUCCGAGGGCGUGGCUCGCGCCGAGGAGCUGGAGGAGGCCAAGCGCAAGCUGCAAGCUCGGCUCGCCGAGGCCGAGGAGACCAUCGAGUCGCUCAACCAGAAGGUCAUCGCUCUGGAGAAGACGAAGCAGCGCCUCGCCACCGAGGUGGAGGACCUGCAGCUGGAGGUCGAUCGCUGCACGGCCAUCGCCAACGCCGCCGAGAAGAAGCAGAAGGCCUUCGACAAGAUCAUCGGCGAGUGGAAGCUCAAGGUGGACGACCUCGCCGCCGAGCUCGACGCCAGCCAGAAGGAGUGCCGCAACUACAGCACCGAGCUGUUCAGGCUGAAGGGCGCCUACGAGGAGAGCCAGGAGCAGCUGGAGGCGGUGCGCCGCGAGAACAAGAACCUCGCCGACGAGGUGAAGGAUCUGCUCGACCAGAUCGGGGAGGGCGGCCGCAACAUCCACGAGAUCGAGAAGGCCAGGAAGAGGCUGGAAGCCGAGAAGGACGAGCUGCAGGCUGCCCUGGAGGAGGCCGAGGCCGCCCUCGAGCAGGAGGAGAACAAGGUGCUGCGCAGCCAGCUGGAGCUGAGCCAGGUCAGGCAGGAGAUCGACAGGCGCAUCCAGGAGAAGGAGGAGGAGUUCGAGAACACGAGGAAGAACCACCAGCGCGCUCUCGACUCGAUGCAGGCGUCGCUCGAGGCCGAAGCCAAGGGCAAGGCCGAGGCGCUGCGCAUGAAGAAGAAGCUCGAGGCCGACAUCAACGAGCUCGAGAUCGCCCUCGACCACGCCAACAAGGCCAACGCCGAGGCGCAGAAGAACAUCAAGCGCUACCAGCAGCAGCUCAAGGACGUGCAGACGGCUCUCGAGGAGGAGCAGAGGGCGCGCGACGAGGCCCGCGAGCUGCUCGGCAUCAGCGAGAGGCGCGCCAACGCCCUGCAGAACGAGCUCGAGGAGAGCCGCCAGCUGCUCGAGCAGGCGGACCGCGCGCGCAGGCAGGCCGAGCAGGAGCUCGCCGACGCCCACGAGCAGCUCAACGAGCUCGCCGCCGCGAACGCCAGCAUCUCCGCGGCCAAGAGGAAACUCGAGGCCGAGCUGCAGACGCUCCACUCCGACCUCGACGAGCUCCUCAACGAAGCCAAGAACUCCGAGGAGAAGGCCAAGAAGGCGAUGGUCGACGCGGCGCGGCUCGCGGACGAGCUGCGCGCCGAGCAGGACCACGCCCAGACCCAGGAGAAGCUGCGCAAGGCCCUGGAGACGCAAAUCAAGGAGCUGCAGGUGCGCCUGGACGAAGCCGAGGCGAACGCCCUCAAGGGCGGCAAGAAGGCCAUCCAGAAGCUGGAGCAACGCGUGCGCGAGCUCGAGAACGAGCUCGACGGCGAGCAGAGGAGACACGCCGACGCGCAGAAGAAUCUGCGCAAGAGCGAGCGUCGCAUCAAGGAGCUGGCGUUCCAGGCGGACGAGGACCGCAAGAACCACGAGCGCAUGCAAGAUCUGGUCGACAAGCUCCAGCAAAAGAUCAAAACGUACAAGAGGCAAAUCGAGGAGGCCGAGGAAAUCGCGGCCCUCAACCUGGCCAAGUUCCGCAAGGCCCAGCAAGAGCUCGAGGAAGCUGAGGAGCGGGCGGAUCUUGCCGAGCAGGCAAUCGCCAAGUUCCGCACCAAGGGACGCGGCGGUAGCGCCGCUCGUGGCAUUAGCCCAGCGCCUGCGGGACAGAAGGGCCAAGGCCCUCGUAAAGCCGCCGCUGAAUAAACCGACGCGCCGCCGGUCCAUCCACACCGACCAGCGUUCAACAAACCCCAGCUCGAUGGUUCCGCAUUCCCGCCACGCUUCGACCUUAUGCCCGACAUGGAGCUGUAACGAGUCAACUCGCACAAGCGUAAGCGUCAGCCACAUUGAUAAUAAAGAGAGCGUCUACGCAAGAGCAUCAUCAUCACACAUUUGCUUAGACACUACCAUCAUCAAGAGCACCCCAGCAUUAUAUAUAGAUAUUUAUAUUUAUAUAUGAUAUUACAAAAAAAAAACAAUAAUCAAGCAAUUUGUUUGGCAAAAAGAAAAAAAAGAAAAAAAAGACACAUACAGCCAUCUCUCUCAUUUAAUCGCGAUAUACAUUUCGAAACAACACAGGGGUUUUUUCCCCGCAUCUUUCUUUCUUUCUUUUUUUUUUUUUUUUUUAACAGGGGACUCGUAAUAUGUUAUACAGUAAAGAAGCACGACAGAAAAUAAGGAAAAACCCGUUAUCUCUUGUAUACGUUACGUUUAAUUAUUGAAUCUCAAUAACGACGGAGGCAGUAAGGGACGAAAGCUUAAAUAAAUAAUCGCUCAAGAACAAGUAAUAAUGAUACACACGCAGGGAAAAGGGAUCUUUACAUCGCCUACGAUUGACGCGCGGGACGUUAUAAUCAAUGACAGACAAAAAAUGUUUUUAUUAUUAUAUUUAUAGAGAUACAUUUACGAAUCGAUAUCUAGAUUAUAUAUAUUUUACGGCAGAGUUUUAAACUAGUCGACACUUUAGCCUGUCGAUAGGUGCGAAAGAGAGAGAGGAAGUAAGAGAGAGUUGCCGGUGAAAUAUGUUGAAACAUAGAGAGAACUAUAUAUAUAAUGUUUAAAGCAAAACAAACCAAAAGAGAAAAAAGAACCAUGAAAAAAAAAACGCGCGCGCGGACGAGAGAGGCCGAACCAAAUGGAUUUUAUUUUUCAACAAG